GUUUUUGCGCUGACAUCACAGAGAGCCAGUGUCACAUGCUGCCGUACAAUCAGACAGGCUUUUUGCCGGGGAUGACGGUGGUCAAGGGCAGCGAUGUGCAGAUGUUCCUGAAGUUUUUCAGCUAUCUGAGUCGUCUGUCGUGUUAUAGGCACAUCAUGCUGUUCGGCUGCUCCACCGCGCUUCCACAGUGCAUCAGCCGAGAUGACCUCAGGACGCUGAUACUGCCCUGUCAGUCAUUCUGUGAAACCGCUCGUAAAGCAUGUGAACCUGUCCUGCAGAUGUUUAAUGCCUCCUGGCCGGAGUUUCUCCGUUGUUCCCAAUUCACCAAUAACACAGGCGCGUGUUACACACCCCGUCACACCCGAGGAAAAGCCUCCGUGUCUGGAGGAAGUGAUAACUUUCUGUGUGCGACUGGAAUAUGUGUUCCCCAGAAAUUGGUGUGCAACGGGCACAAUGACUGUGAUGACUGGAGUGAUGAGAUGGACUGCACAUGUGCAGACUAUCAGUUUUUGUGUACGACCGGCCGCUGUGUCUCGUCUGAUCUCCUGUGUGAUGGAUAUGAUGACUGUGGUGAUCUCAGCGAUGAGCAAAACUGUGUGUGUGACGAUGUUAAAGAGCAUCGCUGUGGAGAAGGGCGCUGUGUUCCCAGAGAAUGGCUUUGUGACGGCGAUUACGACUGCCUGGACAAAAGCGAUGAGCUAAACUGCUCAUGUAAGUCCCAGGGUUUAGUGGAGUGCAGGAGUGGGCAGUGUAUCCCCAGUGCAUUCCGAUGUGAUGGUGAAGAUGACUGUAAAGACGGCAGUGAUGAAGAUAACUGCACAAAACAACAAACUCAGGGUUUGUGUCCUCCUGGUCAGCCCAGCUGUAUUUCCACCUCCUGCCCUGCUGGCUGUCAUGGCAAUAAUACCUGUGACUUUAACCACACCAGCAGUAACUGCAGUGGCUGUGAGCCGAUCUCUUUGGAGAUCUGUAUGAAUCUGCCCUACAACUUCACCAGGUUUCCAAACUAUCUGGGUCAUCAAUCCCAGAAGGAGACGUCAGUGAGCUGGGAGUCUUCGCUCUUUCCUGCUCUGGUUCAGACAAACUGCUACAAAUAUCUCAUGUUCUUUGCGUGUACUGUUCUAGUGCCGAUGUGUGACCCAUUAACGCAGCAGAGAGUGCCGCCCUGCAGAUCCCUCUGUAGGAAUUCAAAGAAGCACUGUGAGUCAGUGCUAGGAAUUGUGGGAUUGCAGUGGCCUGAGGAUACAGACUGCACUCAAUUUCCAGAGGAAGGACAAACAAAUAGUUCAUGUUUACUUCCAGACCCAGAUGUGAACGAGUGCUCUCCCAUUCACUUUAAAUGCAGUUCUGGCAAAUGCGUCCUCUCAUCCAAACGUUGUGAUGGACUCACAGACUGUGAUGAUGGCAGUGAUGAGCAAACAUGUGGGUGUGUGGAGCGAGGCUUAUGGGAAUGUCCCAGUGACAAAACCUGCAUCCGUCCUAACAUGAUCUGCGACGGCUUUCCUGACUGCAGCCAACAGGAAGACGAAGUUAACUGCUCGUCGUGCAGCAGUCAUGAGUUGGAGUGUAAUAAUCACGAGUGUGUUCAUCAUUCACUCUGGUGUGACGGCAAGAAACACUGCACAGACAGUUCUGAUGAAUGGAACUGUGUGUCUCUGUCUGAUAAGGGAAUUGUGCUGGUGUAUAAAUCAGGUCUGGAGUAUCAGGUGUGUUCAGAUGGAUGGAGCUCCAACCUUAGCAGCAUUACAUGCAAACAGAUGGGUUUAGGUUCCUCUCUCUCCACUGAGGUAGUUCAGGAUAAGUUCUCUGCUGCGAUACGUAGACGUUGGCUGCAUGUCCGGCCUAACUGGAGUGAAAACAACAUGUCUCCAAUUCAGGACCUACUGGGAAAGAAAGGGCAGAGCUGUCCGUCACACACAAGCGUCUCGCUGCGCUGUACUAAAGACGAAUGCGGGCGUCGCCCUGCAGCUCGAAUGGUAAAGAGGAUUCUGGGAGGGCGCACGAGUCGCCCGGGGCGAUGGCCGUGGCAGUGCUCCUUACAGAGUGAUCCCAGCGGCCACAUAUGCGGCUGCGUGCUGAUCGGUAGGAAAUGGGCCCUAACUGUAGCGCACUGCUUCGAAGGACGGGAGAGGCCAGAUGUUUGGAAAGUAGUUCUUGGGAUUAAUAACCUUGAUCACCCUUCUCCAUACAUGCAAACGCGACAAGUCAAAAGCAUCAUCGUUCACUCGCGAUAUAAUCAGGCGGUCGUGGACUAUGACAUCAGCGUGGUGGAGCUGGAGUCAGAAGUGGAGGUCACCAGUUACGUCCGACCCAUCUGCCUGCCUGACCGCGGACAGCUGCCCAAACCCGACAAAUACUGCCACAUAACCGGCUGGGGACACAUGGGAAACAGAAUGCCCUUUAAGUUGCAGGAGGGCGAGGUGCGCAUCAUCUCCGUCUCUCAGUGUCAGUCUUACUUUGACAUGAAGACCAUCACGUCACGAAUGCUGUGUGCUGGAUACGAGGCUGGAACCAUCGACUCGUGCAUGGGUGACAGCGGAGGGCCGCUGGUCUGCGAGGAAGAGGAUGGCCGCUGGUCUCUGUAUGGUUUGACCUCUUGGGGCUCUGUGUGUUUCUCAAAGGUCCUGGGCCCCGGCGUCUACGCCAACGUCACUCACUUCACAGAAUGGAUCGAGAGACAGAUUUACUUGCGUACGUUUCACCUGCUGUAGGUUGAGCUAACAUAUAGAUACACACACAUACGGCUCUCUUCUCGGGAAUCGUUGGAGGAUGAAAGUAUUGGAUUGGUUCUCGUUGGUUCUCUCGAAAGAAUCAAGGAGAGUCCAUUCAGAUCAUAUGAUGACCAGAAACUCACUUUAUACAUACACAGAUUUAAAUGCCUGUUUAACGUGUUGACAGCAACUGAGUUUCCUUCAGUAUGUUGCUCUGUAUUGAAUGAGAUAACUCGUUUAUAACUCGCAGUAUGCAUAUUGUUGCAUCGUAGAAUGAAUUGAAGUCGACUUCAGGCAAAACAACACACAAAAUUAAGUAAAUGUGUCUUAAAGCUUAAACUGUGCUCGAGGCCUGUGUAAUGUCAUAUUUUACCUGACUUAAAUAUUCAUAUCAGAGCAAAAGUCAGCCGAGACGUCACUUACUCAGAUUAAGACGCUUGAUUUGGCUGUGCAGAUGCACCGCGGCGCUUCAGAAAAAGCUGAAAUAUUUAUUACAGUAGUAGUAUUUCAUUUACCAACAUUCAUAAGUUAUAAAUUGAGCCAAUGAGAACCGUCAAUGGUGUCAUCAUCAUGGCAUCCAACAUGCAUUAGGAGAGAGGCAUCACCUUUACAUCCAAAUGUAAUUAAUCUACAUUGGCAAAAGUGCAGCUAGAAACUGGAUUGGGUCAAUUUAACAGAACAGGCGUCGUUGGUAUUUUACAACAGUAGUUUGUUGCUUUAGUACUGCAAAAGUUUGUGUUGAUGCAUAGAUUUGUGUUUUUUUUUUCAAUCUGCUUUCUGAGUGUAGCAAAAAAUCUGUUCGACGCUCAAACCUUCCUUACACCUACAGUAUAUGAGGUGCUCAUGGCAGCCAAAAUGUGUACGUGCUGCUUACGCUCCAGAUGUCUGUUUUGUGAAAUGGUUUUCUACACCACGGUCAAAGGGCUCCUUCUUCUUUCUGCGUUAUCUCUGCUGCUAUUGGUUGGUUCUGUAAAAUGGUGGAAAGGUCGUAACCUCUGAACCAAUGAUAUCCAAUGAUGUCUAUGUUGAUUUACAUCUGUGUGUUUCCUCUAGAUUGUGUUCUUGUGUGAGUCUCAGUCAGGCUCUGUGUGUUUAGUUGUAGUUUAUAUUUUCCACAGUUUCUGUGAACAUUUUGUACGUGUGUGUAUGUGGGUCAAGUGCUUCUACAUUUUAGUGCAACAUUCCUUGUGUGUUGUAGGUUUUUUUAAAGAAUAUUUUUCUACAGAUUUUGUGCACAUGUAAUGGUAAAUCUGGCCCUGAUGUUUUAUGUUUUUAAUGCUUUGUAUAUACACUUGUCAUUUAUGUAAACUGCACAUUAAAGAUUUCUUUCCAUUA